AGAAGGGUCUGUGUUCUACCAAGGUCACCCUCUCAUUCCAAUCUACAAAAUAAUGUUAUAAAUCUGUCAUUUAUAUUAAACUUCUGGAUAUAGGUUCAAAUCAUCGACUCGUAGAAGACGACCAUAUUAUACAAGGAUGCCGACGGUGCAUAAAGAGAUGUGUGCUGGAUGUCAGAGGGCAAUCGAGGACAGAUUCCUACUGAAGAUCAUGGACAAUUCAUGGCACGAGCACUGUGUAUUAUGCUCCAUUUGCCAAAUGCCUUUAACCGGAAGUUGUUUCGCACGGAAUCGGAAGUUUUAUUGCAAAUUAGAUUAUGAAAAAAUGUUCCGGGUGAUGUGCAAUGGUUGUGGGAUGUUCGUGUCGCCAAGCGAGCUGGUGAUGCGAGCCCAGGGCUACGUGUACCACCUACAGUGUUUCAUGUGUAUAGAAUGUGGUCAGCAGCUACAGAAAGGUGACCAAUUCGUCGUCAGGGACGGUCAACUCUUUUGUCGGUUGGAUUAUGAAAAGGAAUUCCACAUGCUGCCUCUAAGUCCGAAAAGUGACGACAGUGAGAGUUAUGAGGAUGGAGAGAGUGACGGAGGGAAACAUCCAAAGCGACCAAGAACAAUACUCACCACCAGUCAGCGACGAAAGUUCAAGGCCGCGUUUGAGCUGAACCCAAAGCCGUGCAGAAAAGUACGUGAACAGUUGGCGGCGGAGACUGGACUGAGUGUACGGGUGGUACAGGUGUGGUUCCAGAACCAGAGAGCUAAGGUGAAAAAGUUAGCACGCAGACAAAGUCAAGACAGUAACGGUAACAAGACCGGAAACGGAAAUAAAAACAAAAACAAUGAUAACAAAAAAGACAUGAAAUCCGACUCGAAGUCAGACUCCAAGGAUGAGGAUACUGAUCAAGAUUGCCUCACUAGACUUGGCGACGAUGAAUCUAUUGGAUCACUGAUAUCCGAAAACCGUCACCAUGGCAAUGCAGAACAAAUAUCGCCACUUCCUGCCAGCGAAUAUCAAGCGUCCCCGUAUGAUGAACUGGACCUCCCCGGAGGAGCACGCCAUUCUAUGGAGGACUGCCUGGACCAUAUGUUUAACGGCGAUACGACAGGGCAUUCCUCGAUAGACUCAAGUGGGGUUCCUAACCCUAUUGACAAACUCUACUCAAUGCAGAAUUCGUACUUUAGUGUAGAAUGAGUAAUGACAGUGAAUCACAUGUGUCUCGUCUUCUUUAUCAUCGAAUCCUGACAUGAUUCCCACCACCUUUAUCAAUCCAAGUGCCCGAGGUAGAUGCGGUACGUCGACACACGUUUCCAUGUGAUUGAUUCGGUGAUCGUGCACAUAGAAGUUGAAUGGUUUGGAUACCGGCCAUGCUGCUUUGCAGUUAAGGGCGUUAUACGUGAUAUUUCGAUGGAAUCAGUGUUUUGAUCAUUGCAAUUCGUUUCUAUGGCGUUGAAUCUAUGACGUUAUACACAUAUAGAACGCUGUGGAUGCUGGACAUGUCUGUCACCUGAGUAUAUUAUAGCUGUACGUCGUAGCUUUAUAUUCAUAGUUAUAUAACUUUUUAAGUAUCCGUCAUCACUCCUUCUUGUGCUCUUCUUUCAUUCCGAUGUUUGACUCAAAUAUUGACUCCUGCACAUUGAGUGACUCAAAUAUUGACUCCCUUACGUUGGGUGACUCAGAUAACCUCGUACGCUAUACAGGGCGACCCGGACAACAUACUAGGGUCAUUCUUCAUGGGAAAAUGCAAAUCAACUUGAUUUUACGUUUCCGGGAAGAAGAUAACAGAAUGCUCUCGUCGGACCCAGUUUAAUCAGUGCAUUUACUACAUAAAUCUAUGCUAUUUUUUCGGAUUUAUUGCGAUACAAUGGUCAAAUAAUAUUUGCAUCUACUGUUUGUAUUCCACGGAAGCUGAAUAUUACUGCGGUUAGUUUAUACACGUGACAAAACUAUCCCAUGUACACACUAGACGCAAGAAACGUCAUAUUUUAUAUAUAAUCGCGAUUUUCAGACUAACACAAAACACGUCACAGACCUGACUUAUAAUUUGUGUCUGCUGACUUGGUCGUCAAUUCUUACUUACCCUUCUUUAACAUUCCCUGUUAUUUACAGUCUUUGUUUUACAGUUUGUGUUUACAUGUCCCGUAUUUACAUUUUGAGCAUCACGUGAUCUGUACGUUGUAUUACAAUAUAAUACAUCGAUGUAUACAUUUAAUCAUGUAUGUCAACAAUGUUCACAUUCUUGUCGUAUAUGUCACGAAUGUUCACAUUUAUGACGAUAUCAGUUUUUCAUGUCUUGUAAGUCAUCCAACGAGAGAGAGCGAAACGCUAUAUAUAUUGAGUCCUUCAUUUUUGUUUAAUGACACUAUGUUGAACGUUUUUCCGCAAUGUACAGUGAUCGAGAAAUCUUUUGUACAAAUGAAGACGGUCGAUCAUUUAAGUAAUGACUAUUGGUUAAUUUCUGUUGGUUUAACAGAGAUAUGUUUUUCGAGUGCAAUGAUUACAACACAAAACCAAAAAGGAAAGAAAGUACAACUCGCUUUCAUAGAAUUUCUCUCUUAGCAAAAGAUCAAGACUAAUAUUCCAGCACCUAGUUUGUGAUAAUUGUGGCCACAUUGCCAUUUUCCAGAUGGAUAUAACACAGUAUACUGAACAAUUCUUCUAGUGUUUUACGCAUCCAUCGACAACACACUGCCAGUACCAGACCUAUCAAUGACUUGGGACAUGUAUCUGCUGAACUAGCUAAGUGUUCAUUAAACAUCGCGCCUAUUUAUCGUUCACUGCAAUUAGCAAUUGGGCGUAUGGAUAUGAGUGUCUACUUUGUAACUACGUGGCACGUAUCGACUCAGAUCUUUGUGUAAUUGUAUAAUAUUUUAAUUUAUAGAUUUAUUUAUAGAAGUUAUCUUGUGCUAUGUUUCAGUAUGACGAAUAUCUAUCAAUAAGUCGCUUUAAUUUAUGUAAAUUGUUAAAUUUCAACCUUUGUUGUACAAUAAAU